CGGCCCCGUUCGCCCGCCAACGACCGCGCCGGCCCGUGAGGGGUCACGGAAAUACCCGAGCGCUUCCGAACGCGGCGCCGCCCUGACGGCCGCGCGGAAACGUCUCUCCGGAAAAACGCGAUGUUUUCCGAAGACAGCUGUCACGACCGCAGGGGGGACUCGCAGCCCUACCAGGCUCUUAAGUACUCAUCCAAGAGUCACCCCAGUGGUGGUGAUCACCGUCAUGACAAGAUGCGAGACACCACAGAUCCCUCGCCACCAAAUAAAAUGCUGCGGCGCUCUGACAGCCCUGAAAACAAAUACGGUGACAACACAGGGCACAGUAAAGCAAAAAGUGUGCAUACUCACAGAGUUAGAGAGAGGGAUGGUGGGACCAGUUACUCUCCACAAGAAAAUUCACACAACCACAGUGCUCUUCAUAGUUCAAAUUCCCAUUCUUCUAAUCCCAGCAAUAAUCCAAGCAAAACUUCUGAUGCAGCUUAUGAUUCUGCGGAUGAUUGGUCUGAGCACAUCAGCUCUUCAGGCAAAAAGUACUACUACAACUGCCGGACAGAAGUUUCACAGUGGGAAAAACCAAAAGAGUGGCUGGAAAGAGAGCAGAGACAAAAAGAAGCAAGCAAAAUGUCAGUUAACAGUUUUCCAAAAGAUAGGGAUUACAGAAGAGAGGUGAUGCAGGCGACAGCUGCCAGUGGGUUUGCCAGUGGAAUGGAAGACAAGCAUUCCAGUGACACCAGCAGUAUGCUCCCACAGAAUAUUUUAUCUCAAACGAGCAGGCACAAUGACAGAGACUACAGACUGCCAAGAGCAGAGACUCACAGUAGUUCUACUCCAGUACAGCAUCCCAUCAAAACAGUGGUUCAUCCAACUGCUACCCCAAGCACUGUUCCUCCUAGUCCAUUUUCUCUACAAUCUGAUCACCAGCCAAAGAAAUCCUUUGAUGCUAAUGGAGCAUCUACUUUAUCAAAACUGUCUACAUCCGCAUCUUCCAUCCCUGCACAGAAAACAGAGAGAAAAGAGUCUGCAUCUGUGGACAAGUCUGUAUCCCAUUCUUGCACAACUCCUUCUACAUCUUCUGCUUCUGGACUGAAUCCAACUUCUGCGCCUGCUUCAUCUGCUCCUACAGUUCCUGUUUCACCUAUCCCACAAUCACCAAUUCCUCCAUUACUUCAGGACCCAAAUCUCCUUCGACAGCUGCUGCCUGCUCUGCAAGCCACCUUGCAGCUUAAUAAUUCUAGCGUAGAUAUAUCCAAAAUCAAUGAAGUUCUAACAGCAGCUGUGACACAAGCCUCUCUGCAGUCUAUACUCCAUAAAAUUCUUACUGCUGGACCAUCUGCUUUCAAUAUCACCUCCCUAAUUUCUCAAGCUGCACAACUGUCUACGCAAGCUCAGCCAUCUAAUCAGUCUCCAAUGUCUUUAACAUCUGAUGCCUCAUCACCAAGAUCAUAUGUGUCUCCAAGGAUAAGCACGCCACAGACUAACACUGUUCCACUUAAACCUUUGAUGACUACGCCACCAGUAUCAUCCCAGCAGAAGGUUGCUACUCCAGGUGUUAAACAAGGACCAGCUUCCCAGGCAGCACCUCAGCAGCCAGUAAUAGCUGACAAGCAGGCAGGUCAUGAACCUGCCUCUCCACGAACUCUUCAGCGUUCAAGUAGUCAAAGAAGUCCAUCACCAGGUCCAAAUCAUACCUCUAGCAGUAGUGCAUCAAACUCAACACCUGCACCACAGAAUACAUCUGUACGACCCACAUGUUCAUUAACACCUACGCUAGCAGCACACUUCAAUGAAAACCUUAUAAAGCAUGUUCAAGGCUGGCCUGCAGAUCACGCAGAAAAGCAGGCAUCAAGAUUACGUGAGGAAGCCCAUAACAUGGGAAGUGUGCAUAUGUCAGAAAUUUGUACUGAAUUAAAGAAUUUAAGGUCUUUAGUUCGAGUAUGUGAAAUUCAAGCAACUUUGCGUGAGCAAAGGAUACUAUUUUUGAGGCAACAAAUUAAAGAACUUGAAAAGCUAAAGAAUCAGAAUUCCUUCAUGGUGUGAAAAAUUGUAAACAAUUGCACAUGGUUUUGAGUACAGGAACUAUUAAACUGAUGCCCAGUCUUAACACUUUUGAGCUGCAUUUGAGUAGACUUUGGACCGUUGAGCUGGGCAGAAAAAAAAGUUGACAUGGGGAAGGGGACAGGAGGGAGUCAAAUUCAGGGGAAAGAUACAAGAAUGAUUUGUAAAACCCUUGAAAUGUAGAUUUCUUGUAGAUGUAUUCUUCACGUUGUAAAUAUAUUUUGUAGAGUGAAGCCAUGGGAAGCCAUGUGUAUCAGAGCUUAGACAUCCAAAACUAAUCAAUGCUGAGGUGGCUAAAUACCUAGCCUCUUACAUGUAAACCUGUCUGCAAAAUUAGCUUUCUUUUUUUUUUUUUUCUUUCUUUUUUUUUUCUUUUUCUUUUUUUUUUUUUUUUUUUUUUUAGUUAAUUUAUCAUUCAGAAAUUUUUCAUUUCCUAAAAUUCAAUGCAAGCGCCAGGCGAUUUGUGUCUAAGGCUGCAACAGUUUGGGCAAUGUACAAAAUACCACGAAACAACUGUUUCCACACUUGCACCGAGUCGAGAGCAGUGCUUCUCCAUUUCUGUUUUACAGAGAAAUGUUUUUCAUCUUCUGUGUUCCAUUUCCCCGUGAAAUCCUAAAUCUGAUUUUAUCAGCUUUUUAAUGCUUCUAAUUUUCUCUUUUCUUAAGGCACUGUUGCUAUGGCACUUUUUCUAUAAUCUUUUCAUUCCUGUGUACAGUAGCUUAAAAUUGCAGUGAUUGAGCAUAACCCACUUGUUUGUAUAAAUUAUUGAAACGUAUUUCCAUUUGCACCCUGUAAGAAUGGACUUAGAGUACUGCUGGGCAUGUGUGCUGAAAGUACAUUACUUGCUCAAAUAUAAGGAAAUAGCCCAAUGAACAUGUUAACAUGGUUGUGGGAGGGGAAAGAGGAAAAAAAAGCUAGUCAGAUGUGAAUUGUAUCUGUUGUAAUAAACAUGUUAAAGCAAAGAAACACUGGUUUUCAUUUCCUUUGGUCAACACAUUAAAAUUUGGUCUUUUUGGGGAUUCUUUAUUAGAACUGUUCUUGUUGAACAUUUUUGUACUUAAAUAAUUCCUCAAGGGAGGUUUUGUUUAAACCUUGUAAACAGGAAAAUAUGUAUAAAAUAUUUAAGGAAAUAUAAAAUUCAACAAGGAUGAUUUAA